GCAGGGCUACUUUUUUUUUUUUUUUUUUUUUCGAGAACGGAAUCAUAGCAUAGUUUCGUAGCCAAGUGAAAGACAUGCCAACUUAUCCUACUCUUUCUUAAGCGCUGGUUCUGCUUUCACUAGAUUCUGUUCUCGUUCACGCAUCUGUUUCUAGUGGACGGAUUUCAAGGGCUAGAAAGGAAGAAGUCUUAGCCUUAGCGGAGUCACUUCCAGAUUCACUUCUUUUUUAGGGAAAGAAACCGGCGUUAAGCGCUUCUUGCUAACGUCCUUAAAAGGAGAGAAGGAACCGAGGGUAUCAAUCAACAUAUAGAUAGAAAGGAUAGGGCAUAAGGAUGAGACUAGCUUGUAGUGUUCACGUGGUGAAGGUUGAACUUGGGCCUUGGCUUCGGUUCCGAGAUGGGUUACGUGGCGAACUCGAGUUGAAUAAGCUCUUCUUCCUCAAGUUUUUAGCUUGAAACAAGAAUGGAUAGAGUUGACUCAGCUGCGAUUGCUCUUGGUCGUCGAUUAGGAUUAAGAUUCUGCUUUAUGAUAUUUCAUGGAAUCUUAGAGAGACCGGAGUAGGUAAGAAGUGGUGGAGGAGUGAAAAGCCGAUUAAAUGGUUGAUGUUUUUGUGGUUAAAGAAUCUCUCUUAGCUAGGGCUAGGCCACCGCCCGACUAUCUAUUGUCUCAGCAGGCCUUAACCCAAAGAAAAGACGACAGAGGCAUAAAGGAAGAUUGAUGAAGAAUAAGCGAUGGUCUUGCUCUUCUUUCUCUUGGAAGAAGAAUGGCUGUUGUUUAAUCAGUUUCAAGUGGUGGGAUCAUAUAUUCAUAUAUAAUAGUGGAAUCCCGUCUCCUUAAAGAUCUCUCCCUCAAAGUAGAACGGGCAUAAUCGAAGACAGAUGGUAGCGUAUUCAAAGUAGUUGAUCUCACGUGCUAUCCGAAAGUCUUCUUAGUCUUCGUCUGCUCUCAAUGAGUCAAUGCCCGGACUAGGCUCUUAAUUAAAUAGAAAUCCCGUUAGUGAAGUCACCCUCGGAGUUGACAACGACUAAGCUUUUUUUCUUGACACUAGUCUUAGCCUUUCUAAGGACACCUUGCCUUCUUUCCUUGGCUUGGCGGGAAGGGCUACUCGCAGUGGUGCGUCCGGGGACUCCCCUUUCGAAAUGGGAAGAAUAGCGUAGUAAACAAAGUGACCCUCGGGGAUGAAAGCUGCUCUUGCUCUUUAGAAAAUGGUUUCGUGAACAAGGAAGAAGGGCUACUUUACUCUAGAUCGAAUGCGACUGGAGAUUUUUCUUUCACAGCUCUAAAGGGAGGGAAGUCAACAGUCAAGAGAGGGUCUCAAUCAACAAGAAAGUCAUGAAAGAGAGAAGAUGGUGCUAUUCCCUUAGCUAGCUUUGACCAGGAAGAAUGAAUUUUCUCUAGAACCCUUGGUUGGGCUAGGAUCCCGAUAAAGGAGAAUGUUCAAAGCGAGACGUUUUUCGAUAAGAGAACAGGUUUUUUCGGAUAAGCUGUUGCCACUCUUCUGUUAGAGCUCUUUAGUCCCAUCCCUACCAAAGAAAAGAAGAUCUCCCCGGAGUGAGUGACUCAAAGAAAGAAGGCCCAGUGCCCGCCCCCUUUGAGGUGGGUCUUCACUUAUCCGAUUUAGAGCGAAGAAAAGAACUUUAUAGGCGCUCGCUCGUUCCUUCGAUCAGUAAAAACGUACCCGUUGAAUCAAUAGAUCGCAUGAUCAAUGCCCAACUCUUGAUAGAAAAGAGAGUGGAAGCCGCUUUAGUUGAGGAUGGCUUCUCCCCCCUAAACAUAAUUUCCAAACGAAAUGAAAUCCGAGGGAUUAUGUUUUCUCCUCAAGGGGAGACCCUUUCUCUACACACGUACCAGUACUACGUGACUAGUCCGGGAAGAAACGGUACGCGCUCGACUAUUCCUUAUAAGAGGAUAAUACGGGAAGUUACAAGGGCUAACCUCUUCCUAUAGGAGCUUCUUUCUGUUUUUUUCCGGUAUGCCGCUCCGCGAGCAAGGAGCGCCAUGCACGAGCGGAGCGAAAACAAAGCAAGAGGAAUUCUUCGUUGGGGGAAAUCCUUUGAUUGCAUAUUGAAUAUAGAUCUAUGUCUUUCUUGUUCUACUAGCUAGGACGAAAUUAUCACAUGUCCCUUUCGUUAUUACAACCUUCUUUUGAUGUCAAAGACCGAAGCUACGCGCAAAUUCUCAUUGGAGCUUGGUUGUUCUUAACAGCGAUGGCUAUUCAUUUAAGUCUUCGGGUAGCACCACUAGAUCUUCAACAAGGUGGAAAUUCUUGUAUUCCAUAUGUACAUGUUCCUGCGGCUCGAAUGAGUAUUCUUCUUUAUAUCACUACGGCUAUAAACACUUUCUUGUUCCUAUUAACAAAACAUCCCCUUUUUCUUCGCUCUUCCGGAACCGGUAUAGAAAUGGAUGCUUUUUUUACGUUGUUUACCUUAGUUACUGGGGGGUUUCGGGGAAGACCUAUGUGGGGCACCUUUUGGGUGUGGGACGCUCGUUUAACCUCUGUAUUCAUCUCGUUCCUUAGACCGGGUGCAUUGUGUUUUCAAAAGCUUUCUGUCGAACCGGCUUCUAUUUCAAUCCGUCUUGGACCGAUGGAUAUACCAAUAAUCGAGUCUUCUCAGCGGUGGAAUACAUCGCACCAACUCGCGAGCAUUAGCCGAUCCGGUACAUCCAUACAUGUUCCUAUGCCCAUUUCGAUCUUGUCUAACUUUGCUAACUCCCCCUUCUCAACCCCUAUCUUGUUCGUUCUGGAAACACGUCUUCCUAUUCUAUCUUUUCCCGAAUCUUCUUUGACGGAAGAAAUAGAAGCUCGAGAAGGAAUACCAAAACCUAGUUCACUCGCUGAUCUUUUUGCAUCUAUGGCUGAAUGGUUAAAGCGCCCAACCUAUACCAACCUAAUAAAGAGGCAAAUUCGUAGGUUCGAUUCCUGCUAGAUGCACUUGGAAUGUUCAGUUCAAUUUUUGCUCACGGAAUUGUUACAUAUAGCUCGCCCGCUUUCAUCUUCUUUAUGUGCGCUACCUAUGCCCCGUCCGCCGCCCGCACCUGGUCUUUUUAGCUUAUAUCUUGAUUUCGGUUAUUGAGCUUCGGGUAGUCUUGUCCAACUUAAGCACGAA